UUCAGUACUGUGAAUACGCACGGUAACCUAGUCACAACGCAAGAACUUCAAUACUGUGGCGUAAAGGAACCAGGAAUUCCGGGGAAUGGGUGCUUCACCGGAACUGAGUCCUUUAGAUAACAUUAGUGACGUUGGAAGCUAACAUUCGACAUCAGUCCCAAUCAAGUUAAUUUUAUCUUAGGAAUUACAGUUUUCGGGACAAUAAAACAUAAGUGGGAACAUAUGAAACCCCAGGUUGCUCACAGGGUCAUCUUGCUUUACAGCCAUGUGCUCUGCUAUGACCUUAGGUCACUAUGGCUGCCAAGUAAACUUUUGUUGGAGAGAAAAGUUGGAGGUGAUGACGUGUUGACAGCAAUAUUUAGAACAGCUGCGCCGAAUUGAAAAUCGCCUUGAGGCUGUUCCAAGGUCUAGUGUUUUACUGGAUUCAUUGAUGGAUCCUAAGGAAACUUCAACAGGCUUAUGGACAUUCAGCAAGAAAGGUUUGGUUCAGUGUGGCUUGUCCAGAACAGAGAGGGCUGAAUGUUCAGGUAACAUUUCAUCUAGUCCCCUGAAGAACAGCUCUUUGGACAACAGUCUUAAAAAGACUGGUCAUGUGGAUAGCAAGGAGCAGCUGUCCCCCUACAGGGAAUUGUCUCCACACUCUGGGUUACCAUUGCAGCUUGAAGAUCAGACACAAAUUGUAGAGACCAAUGCCACUCCUUUACUUUCUAAAGCUGGGCUAAGUCAAAUGGUGUUCCAGCGUGACACUCGUUAUGCACAGACUGUCAAGCCAGCUAGCACAUUCUCUUCCAUGGUUAGUGAUACAUCAGUCCACUACCUCAACGAUCAGUCAUCUAUCAAUGUAGCGGGAGAUCCGGUACAUCAAUUGGCCACCAACGGAACCGUGUCUUCAUACAACCAAGACCAAGAAGAGCCCAGCGUGUUCAGCCAAGGUUUCCACCCGCAGAUGGAGACAUUUCAAAACUCCAGCCCGAGUUGUGCAAGCCAGAGACUGGAGAGCUUACGCCGACAACAGACAGAUGAUAAGCUGGAAAAGCUGAAGGAACGAAUUCGCAGACAGCGUGAGCACCUUGACGAAGCUGCAGAGAAAAAGCAGUUACUUGGCAGCUUGGAGAAGCCUGUGGGCAGUGGUCAACUAUAUUUGCAGUCCAGCAAAACUGUACCUUCUGCUCAUGUCCGUAAAGUCAUAACAGCUCCUCCUGCUCCUGUUUACAAAGGAUUCAACACCAGUGAGAUUAAAAGUCACAGUCCUGACUGCCAAGAGGAGGACUUGACUAGGCUGAGACGAGAGAUCUACAGAGACUUGACACGCCAGCUCACAGGAGAAGGUACCAGACCAAAGGUACGGUUCAGGGAGCGUUCAAAGGGCAAGAAGCCAGUCAAACCUGUCCGAAAAGUUCAUAGGUCAGGCUAUGUUCCUGAAUCUGACUCCAGGCCUGCAACAAUAAGUACAUCCACAUGGCGGGAAGGGCAGAAGCUUGUGAAGAUGAUGCUGGGUCCUUCUCUGCAGUCACAAUGCAAGUCCAGUCCUGAGUCUGGGCAUGGGGUGAUCAGGACAGGUAGCUUGAAGCGACCGCCUAGCAGUUCACCAUCAGAUAAUCUAAAUCAAGGCAAGAAAAUUGAAGAUGGAAAGACUGCGGCAGUCCAUCUCUCAACUGAUAUUCAAGACAUCUUGGAUGACCUUGAGUUAGAUACACCUCCUAGGAAGCAUGUUGAAAGGAUGGCUAAAAAGCCUGUCAGUCCUAGAGUAAAAACAAAGGAUCACGGCUGCAUUGGUGUCAAUCAUGCUGCUAGUCCUACCAAUCCAUCUUCUAUGGAGGCCCUAAAACCUGACCAAGUCAGAAGAAAACGGCACUAUGAUUCUGCUGCAGUGCGACAGUAUAUAUCGCGCCAACAGGUGGAGCGGCGCCGGCGGCAAACUGAGGAGCGCCGCAGUCAGCAGGAGGAAAUGGAGAGAAGGAAUCAGAGGCUACAGGAACUCUAUAGGAAACAAAAGGAAAGCUUCAAUAAGCAAACAGCUGCAGCCACUUCCUAUGCUCCCACUGUUGGGUCAACACCCAGGUGUCUGCUGGAAACGUACACUAAAUUGUUGCCAGAGCAAACCCAGCUUGAGACAGAUGUCCUACUCUCUCCUACUUUCACCAGCACCCAUCAGCAGACACCUCUGUACCAGCCCUCCAAUGAGUCGGAUAAGGAGAAUAAACAUCAAAAUCGACCCCAAAGUGCAUCUAGUGGUGACAUCUCUGUGUCUGAACAACAGUCUCCAGCACUAAGCAGGAAUGAGGUAGGCUUACCAACAAAGUCAUCCUGGGUACAAGGCGAUGGUCAGUGCUCUCCAUCAAGACAAAGUGUGGCUAUUCCUUUGAUAACCCCACCUAAACAAACAUUUCCCCAGUGGCCGGGCGAAGAAUGGAAGAACUCUGCUCCUAGUCCCACCUGUUUGCAUGCUCCAGCCCUCCCCGGCUCUCUAACAACCAUGACUAGCAGAAUGAGCCGUCUAGAAGUCUUAAAGUCUACAGCUACUUCCCUCUCCAACCGAAUUGAGAGUGAGGCCCGGAAAUUGCUACUCACUUGUAAGGGCAGCCAAAUGUGUGUUUCAGAGUUGAGUGUGGACUUGCCAAAUCACUGGGCUAGAAUGGCCAGCUCCAAUAUUGACAUUGUAGCAAAGCCAGAACACUCUGUGGAGAAAAUUCAGAAGCUGCAUUGUACAGGCCUGACCACUUAUGAUGGAACUCUUCCUGGAGUGGGAAAUUUGUACACCCUCAGAGAACCACAAGAAAGAACGGCAGAAACUGCAAAAAAUAAAAUACCCUUUUGCAUUGCUGACUCUAACUCCAAGUUGAUGGACGGCAACCUAGAUCAGGCUGAAGAAGAGCAAAUCAUGUUCCACCAUGACGAUUAUAGCUCCAAUGCAAGCUCCAUCAGUGAUGGCAGCCUGACUGAAAGGAAAGCCAAUUCUCAGCAACCAUCCAUGCAUGUUACAGUUCUAGACAUCGAUUGCAUUCAGCAGGAAAGCUCACCUUUGCACCAGUUCUCUGUCUUCAGCAGUGGGAGGGACAAAUGCAAGCUGUUUACCAGUGCAAUACCUCAAGAUGCCAGUACAGCUGCUUGGAAAGAGCUGACAAAGGGUAGUCCACACAGUGUCAUUAACAUCUUCACCAAGAAUCUGCACAGCAGCAGUAGCAAAGUAAUGUCUGACAGGAGAAGUGGGAGAUCUAGUCCUGUCUCCUCCACUGGUCAUUCUGAGGGCCAUCGUGAGAAUAACAUGUCCUCACAGGGUAGUAACUCCAACAGUAAACCAGUCAUCAGGAAUCCAAACAGGCAUAGCAUCAGCAAUGUAGCAAACAAGCAAGGAAAUAGUCCUCAAGAUGACUUAAAACAUGAGAAAUCAGACACACAGUCCUUCUCCCCAGUGGGAUCUCAUGCAUCAUCAUUCUGCUCUGCUUCUAGUUCCCUAGACAUGGAGGCAAGUGUUGAUGUCACACUGGUGGAGGGUUUGCGAGAUGACUGGUCUGCAGUCAUAGAGCCUGGGUGUUUGGGUUCCAUGAAAGAGAGCUCUAAGGGGAACUCUACACACAGUUCUCUUAAAGGCUUGGACACUGACAGUACAACAGGGGCUGCUUCAGUCUACUCAUUGCAUAGCCUAUUUGUGCACAGCAAGACAAGCCAAAGAAGGACAACUGUAUGCCCCUCAGCUGACUCUGAUCCUACAACCAGCUCUAAGGGCAGUAGCCUAACUGGUGAUAAGGGAGGGGUUGUGGAAUCACCUUCUCCUAACUGGGCUCUUCACAGCACUUCUGCCAUGUCUUCAUCGCUUAAAGGAAAUGCCAGUCCUGCCCCCAACAGUAGUGUUGCCGAACCAGUAGUAACUGCAGGUGGGCUGCAGUGUGCUCCAGGUGCUUUACAACAGCGCAUGGCAGCAGAACUCAUGUACUUGGAUUCUAUUGAGGAGUCUAUACGACAGCUAAGUGAUGUUGAACGUAUACGUGGGGUUUCCCUGGCACAACAGGAGGCCUUGUCCCUAGCUCAUGUCCUCAAGUCCCAGCAACAAGCUCAUGAACAGGACUUUCACCAACUUAAAGUGAAAGCCGAGCAAGAUUUUGAAUCGCAGAUAGAAGUGGAAAAUGCACAGCAGAGAGAAACACAGGUUUGUUAUCCUCAGAUAGCCAGCAGGCUGAGUAUUCAGGCACCCACCAUCACAUCCCACUGUGACGAGCCUCAGUACACUUUUCUAAUGCAGACCCCAACAUCCUCCAGAACUGUCAGUGGCAGUGGCGCUCAUAUGAGCGCUUCUUUGUUAUCAUUUGAGGAAAGAAGGGGCGUUUUGGAGGAGGCCCAGGACAAUGCAACUCCCAGUGACAGCAUUCCCUCCCCUCACGAUGACAAAGAUAGCAUGUCAGUGGCCACAGAGUACUCUCUGAAGUUUGAUGAGUCUAUGACUGAAGAUGAGAUAGAGGAGCGAUCAUUCCGAUCGCUGCUACCCUCAGAGUCUCAUCGCCGAGGUACCCUGGAGAAGAAGCAGAGCCGACAUGAAGAGUCAGAAGAAGAGCCUGCACAGGACCUGGCUAUAUCUCUGGAUUCUUCCAAGGCGUUUCAGCAAGACAACAGUAUACCUUUCUCCAGUGGACAGAACAGCUUCUCCAGGUUUACUAUGGAGAUGGUGCGGCAGUACAUGAAAGAGGAGGAAGUCCGUGCACAACAUCAGAGUUCUUUGCUGCAGCUUCGCCAGCGAGCACUGAAGGAGAAGACCAGAGCAGAGCUUGCAUGGCUGGAACACCUAAAAAAGCGUCUCAGGGAUAAAGGGGAAGAUGACAAGAUGCCACCAAUAAGGAAGAAGCAAAGAGUAUUGUUGCUGAAGCUGCAGCAGGAGCAGGCAGAGAUUAAGAGACUUCAGGAGGCCAAUAAAGCUGCACGUAAGGAGAGACAGUUACUGCUGAAACAACAGGAAGAAAUUGAGCGUAUGCGCUCCACCACCCUCAGACUACGAGAGCGGUUAAAAAGUGCUUGCCACGUGGAGCCCACCAGCUUUGAAACAAUGGAGGAACCUGUCCUUUCCAAUAUGACCAUAACUGAUGCUAACUCACGUAGCACAUCUCCCCUUUCUAUGUCGGGUAGUGAAACUAGCAGCAUUAUGCAGAGGCUGAAGAAGAUGCACAGCCACAUGGAUGAAAAGUUCCUGACAAAGAGAGAGCAGCAACUUAUGCAGCGUCGCAGCUAUGCAGAGGAGCUCUUGCAGUGGAAGCAGCGUCUUGAUUCUGAAGAGAGGGAGAUUCGCAGGAUGGAGAGGCAGGCGAUGUCUGCCUGGGACAGGGAUAUGCCUGAAGUGAUCCCUCACCAAAAAGAUGCUGUAGUGCAGAAAGCAUCAACAGUGCUUUCAAUGUACAGUGGAUCCUCAGAUAUUCCCUCAACUGAGAAGCUAACUGGGCAUUCUGAUUUGACCCAAAGUCAGCUUAGCAGCCAACAUGCAGGUGCUUCCUUUUCCCAGGAGUCUGAUGCAUCACAAAGAGACCUGUCUCCUUCAGGAAAAACUAUUUUAAGCCCAUCACACCACCUGGAAAGCAGCAGUGGAGGCAAUAUCAGUACCAGUUCUGGCAGCGUAAGGCAGAUCUGCUCUAGUGACCAGAUCUCAUCUGUGAAAAAGUCGGCAUCAGAUCAGAGCAGUAUUGAGAGCCGCAUUUCUGCUCUCAAGGAGGAACUACGAAAGCGCAAAACCGUUGUGCAUCAGUUGAAAAAAGAACAGAAGAAACGCCAGAAAGAGCGACUUAAGGCUCAGGAGGCUAAUCUCCUGAAACAGCUAGAGUCAUAUAAUGACUUCAUUAAGAAGACCAAAUCAGAGUUGAGUAAAGACCAGGGAAUCACAUUGACAAUUAAACCAGAAAUCAACAAGCUUACAACAGAAAAAACAAGAAUCAAAUCAUCUCCACCUCAAAGGCCAGAAACAAGCAACAGUUCUGAAGAUGGCACAAAGUCUGUGGAAAUUGACCAGACCAUCUCAGAUUUUCAAGUAAAUAGAGGUCAAGGCUUGAUCCAUGAGGAGAGUUUGUCUGAUGAAGAUCCUCCCACUGUGACUCCAACACCAGUUUUGGGUAGUCCAGACCUCUCUAACAGUCCAAAGAGUCUGGUGUCAUCUGAGUCCCAGCCUAGGCAUACAUCACAGGCAUUGUCCACAGUACAAUCUGGCAGUGAAAACAUUUUAUCUAAACAUAAAGCAGAGGUAACAACAGAAGUAGAAUCUCUGAAGUCUGAAAAAUCCACAAGUGAGCAUGCUCACCUCUCUGAUGUCUUCCUUAGUCUGGAACUUGUUGCAGAGCCUGAUGUCAAGAAGUUGCACUCACUGAGUAGCAAAGACCAUGCUGAAGAGUCCCGCAGAGUAAAUGGCCAGGAUAGUGCUUCUAAGCUCAAGCCUGAGGAGGAGUCUCACAAUGGUACAGAUGAUGUUGAAACCACACCCUCCCUACCAAAUCAAAUGUCUACAGUGGAGCAUAAAACCUCAGCUGAUGGUUAUAAUGAUGAUUUUGAGUCCUUGGCAGAGUCUUCCCUAACGGCUUUGGGCAAACAUUCUUCACCCUCCACUCCAGAAGAGCAAAGAAAAUCAUUCCACAAGUCUGUAACAAUUAGUGAGGAUGAAAUUGGUGAAGAGCUUUCCUCAAAAUCAAAAUCGAUUAGUGAUGUCCACUCUGAACACCUUCUUGACCUCAAGAGCCAAACUGCAAAAUCCAUACAUCAGGAUGGAGGAGAGGACUUAAUCUCUGGAAUAUCCACAGAUUCGUCCACUUCUAAUUCACAGGUUUUGUCAGCAGUGGACAAAAUGGAUGGAUUCAGUAUUGGUGAAAGAGUCCUUGUGAGGAAUCUUCAAUUAGGUACAUUAAGGUUCAAAGGCCAAACUAGGUUUGCCAAGGGGUUCUGGGCUGGAGUGGAGCUUGAUACAUCAGAAGGAAGUAAUGAUGGAACCUGUGAUCGUGUGGUAUACUUUGAAUGCAAACCAGGCCAUGGUGUCUUUGUUUCUCCUAAUCAUAUUUCUCGCCUUCAAGAGGGUCGUAAUGUUGAUGUUGACACCACAGAUGAUGAGGAUUCUUUUGUUGAUGACACAUCACACAAAGAGCCUUUGAAGGACCAAUUGCAACAACAAAGCCAUGUAAAUGAUGACAGCCAAAAAUCUGAUGAGAUGUUUUACACUGGAGACAAAGGUCACUUUGAUCAAACCGAUGGAUCUUGUGAACUACAAAACAAGCUAACCACAUUAGAGAAAGAUUCUGUGGCACCAGUUUUGAAUUGGGAACCGACUAACUCUAACCUCAUUUCAGAUAACUCCAAAGAUGAAAAGUGCUCAUUAAUUAAUGGAGAAAGCAUAGAAAUCAACCUGGUUUCGACAGAAAACAGACAUUCUCCCCUGCCUACCUUAGGGAAGUCAAACUUGAAAGGGCAGGGUCAAGAAGUGGAACUUUUGACUUUUCUUGACUCACUAAGCAAUGAAAAGGGCUUUGAUACCAAGAUCUCUACUGAUGAUAAAAGUGAUGAACAGUGUGAGGUUUCAAACAACUAUGAGAAAGUGAGCUUCAACACAUUUGCAGAUCAGCUCUUUAAAAACUGUGUGACAGACGCUGUGAAACAGUACCAACAGAUACAAAAAGCUAAACUUAAGAAGAUAGAAGAUGCCAAUCUGAAGAAAGAUGAUUAUGGCGGUUCUACAAAGACAGGCUUACCUUCAACCAACAUUAAGAUGGAUGAGUUUUAUAUGUUCAAUGAAGAGGAAGAGGAUAUAACAUCACCAGAACUUUAUAACCGACAGGAGAGUCCUGUGUUGGAUGCGUCUGGGCAACAGGAGUUGGCUAAGCGCUUGGCUGAGCUGGAACUUAGCCGAGAGCUGUUGGAUGUUUUAGGAGAUGAACCAGACUGGUUUGAGGAGGACUUUGGUCUUAGUUCUCAGAAAGAGCAAAGACAGAAACAUCUCCACAUAUGGCAGGAGGGAGGUAUUUCAGGUGCUUUUGGCUCAGGUCCAAUACAACAGGUGAUGACUCCUCCCAGGCCAGAGCUACCUCUUCAAGCCAACACAAUACCUGAGAGACCUGUCAUGAUUGUGCCGCAUGGUAUACCAGAAAUGGAAAAACUUGUGUAUGCUGCAACUCAGGAAAUCUGGGACAAGUGCAGGUUGGGAAUGGGUGCAUCGCUGGCUGGAUUUCCUAGACCCCAGGCCUCAGUAGAUUUCUUAGGAGGGGAUACCACGAGUGAAAACCAGGCCACUUACUGCAAGCAAAGCUACAAACAGGCUGUUUUUGAUUUAUCGUGGGAGGUUAUUAAGGACAUAUUUGCGAAGGAUCAUAAAACAGAACAGCCUCAAUGGAUGAAGCCUCAGCGCAUCAAGUCUUCAUAUUUUCAUGGAAUUAAAUGUAUGAAGGACAUGCAAACAGUUCAGGCAUUUCUUACAGAAGAGGUUUUAAAGUUGUACGGUUUGAAAAGAGAGCACAACCAGAAGACUGACUGGCAGAAAAUGCUUAAGUUUGGAAGGAAAAAGCGCGACCGAGUCGAUCAUAUAUUGGUCCAGGAGUUGCAUGACGAAGAGUCUCAGUGGGUGAACUAUGACGAAGAUGAACUAUAUGUUAAGAUGCAGCUGGCUGAUGGCAUUUUUGAUGCUUUGUUAAAGGACACAGAGGAUGUGCUGACCCAAAUCCAGGAGAGGAGAUCAAGUAGAGUUAUUUCCUCCUGAAAUCUGCAUAUCCUGACUUAAAAGAACUUCAUGUCCGUUUCAAGAUUUAAGUGUCUUGAUUAAUGAAGUCAGUAUUCUACGUCUGUUUUUUUUGGUGGCCAAUGGAGUGGUUCUCCUUAUAAAAAUCACUCUUUAGUUUGAUUUAUUUUAACAAACCAAAUGAUUGUUGCUAAUAUACCGAUGUUCCACAGCACACUUCAGAUUUAUGAUCAGAAGACAAAACAUCAAAUGAACUUUUAACAUGGGAGGUGACAGGGUAACCUCAUGUGCAUUGAAUAUAUGAAAUGUCAGAACAUCGGUUGAUCACCAUGUAAACUUACCCCUAACAAUCUUGUGUUUUCUUCUGAUUAAAAAAAAACGAGAGAUGUGUCAGUCAUUGCCGUCACUUGUAAUUUAGAUACAAAAUGUAUGGUGAUAUUGUUAUCGAUAACUUCUAAAGCAGUGGUUAUGCUACCUCUUAUAAAUUGAUUUUACAUUUGAGGUUUAUGUACAAUUUGGCUAUAUUCUAUUUCAACCAAUCACUGUGGAUUCAUUAUAUCCAGGUUUUGCAUUUGUAUGAAUCUAUUUACAUGUAUAAAAUAUUGAAUUGGUAAAACAUUUUAAUGUUAGAAUGGGCUUCUGGCCUGGUGGCACAGUUAAUCUUGUUAAGCAUGUACACAUGUGAGCUACACACAAGGCAGGAUUUAGGGUGAGGUUUUUGUAUACUGUAGAAAUAAUGGUGAACAAGGGCUUUUCCAUUUGUAUAAAUGAUUUUGGAAAUCUUGUGUAUACAUACAGAGAUAGUACAUAGUACAGUAGUUCUUUCUUCCAUUUAGGAUUUAGACAUGACUUACUAAAAUAUCCUGAGAUGUUGCACUUGUUUACUUUUGUGAUCAGUCUUUAACUGUAUGCUGUGUUAAUAAUAGAAAGGUGUCAGUACCUUUCUGAAAUUGAAGCUUGUUUCAGGUUUUAUGGAAAUGUACACAAUAUAACUCAACUGCUUUGAAAUUGUUUUUCAAUUGUACACAAUUGGUAUUUUACUGCGUUGAACUAUAUUGGCCUUGGAUAUGUACAUUUCAAAAAAUAUUUUUUGAAAAUGUAAAUAAAGUGGAUUUCUUGAAAGCCA